CGGCAACCGAUUUCUCAUCACAGGACGUCACCGCAUCACAUUCAGGGUUCUUAACAGUGACUAUGUCGGUAUCGGACUGGUCUCUGACUCGUGUGUCAGCACAGAUCAGGAGUUUCACAGGACGUCGCACUGUUGUGUUUAUUAUAUGACAGGCGUCUUUUAUUCAAACUUUCCUCAUCACCGGAAGGAAGACGGACUUGAGGCGUUAGAAAAGGAUGAUUACGUGUCACUCAUGGUUGAUAUGAACAGGCGUGUGGCGGAGUACACCCUGAAGAACUCGGCCAAGAUGAUAUCACUUGGAAACGCACGGAAGCUUCGAUUUGCUGUAGCCAUGAAGUUGAGUUCAAGCGUGCGUAUUGUCCCAGAGGAAGAGGCACGACAACUUCCCCUUUUCCAGCGGAAGGCUCAGACAGAUGCCCUCCUGCCUGGUAACCGCACGCCGACGAUGGGCGACGACCGUGAGGCGCUCACACAAGUCUCGCAGUCCAAUGGCGCUGGGUUGUCAGCCCCAGGUAGAAUGCAGGAGCAGGUAUUGUUGCAACGGCCACAGAGUGCAACGUCUCUAUUUGUUUCACGUAGUUUGGAUGGAGGCUCGCGUCCUGGCUUCACCGAUGGGCUUGGAAGAACAGCGCGGGCCAUCGUACUCAGCUCCUUUACGAGUGGCUCUUUGCCGAGUGAUAUCAAUGAAAUUGAUCCGCUCCUGUUCAUUCCUGGGAACCGCGAAGCUCGUGAUGACACGUAA